AUGGCCAAUCCAAUAAACAGUCAAAAACAAACGUCGUCACCUCCAAAGAGGAGCACGGCAAGACCGCGGAUUCAACCGUCAACAGCGACGAUAACCCAGAGACAGCUCAGUCAUCUAAACUCGCAGAUUGCUCAACUACAGGCCAACUUGGCCGACUUUAAUGACUUGAUCAAAACCACAACGCAGCAGUAUCAGAGCUUGGAGCAGUUGGGCAAGAUCCAGGCCAGUUUGUUCAUGGCGAGCCACAAGGUGUUUGAAGAUGAGAAUUUCGCGGAUGAAGAGGAGUGA